AUGUCACCUUUUCUACGUUAUUUUUGGAACAGAAUUAAUAAGGUAUUUGAAAUGAUUCGUUAUUUCAGAUAGAAACUUGUCCAACUCUGUUGUAAAUAGGGAAGAAAAGAUUGAACGAAAUUUUGUCACGAAAUUGAAGACAUCUACACGAGUAGAUGAGUGAAAUUGAACAAAAAAAAUAUAACGACGAUAAUAUUUAUAUUCUUCAUUUAUAAUUAAUUAUAUAAUUUAUGUACCAUUAGAUGUAUAAUAUAGUAGAAAAUAAUUUCUUCACGAAGAUUCCAAUUUCUCAAUAAAAGAAAUGUCUCCCUGCAAUGAUUACGAGAGAAUCAUCAGUUUUUGAACUGUUUCAGACGAACAAAUGAUAACUACAAUUCUGAUCGGUUUAUGCAUGGGAUUUUCUGAUGGUUUACGUGGACCUCAUCAUCCACGAAGUCCCGUCUCUCACCAUCAUUACGCCCCGCAGAAAGAUGUUAAAAUAACACAAGAUGCGGAACUACUACAGGAUGCUACCUGUAUUAAUCGUAGAAUUCAUGAUAUCGACAAUAAUGCUAAAUUGGAUGGAUUAGAAAUUCUUUAUGCCAUUCAACAUACCUUUCACGAAAACAGACUCGCCGAAGCUGAACGUGAAAGUUCGAGUGAAAAUAUCAGAACAAUGGAGUACCAAGAUGAUUUGCCUUGGAUCGUAGAGCUUGUAGAUAGAGUACUGAGGGAAGAUGACUUAGAUCAUGAUGGAUACCUAGGAUAUAUUGAAUAUGUACUUGGAAGACAAAGAGAUCACAUUGCUCAAGCGAAACGGAAUACCAAAUUGGACAAUUAAAAAUGCAUCUGAUGCAAUGCCUUUGGUCAAUGAAUAUAUGAAUAUAAAAGAAUUCUACGUAACACACAAAUUUAUGCCGAAAAAAUAUACGAAAUAAGA